GCCCUUACCCUUCUAUCAAAGUGACGUCAGCCUACGAGGGGGUGGGGGACAGGUAAAGGUGAGCCUCGCCGUCACACCUAACUCAAGGAAGCAUACCGAUGUUCGGUUGACUCCUUUGUUUCUCCAUUUUGAGGCGGCUGUGUAACCAAGAAAAUGGUGAAGGAAGAGAAGGAGUUAGCCAACCGGCCUGACAACACUGCCUACACACAGCAGAGGCUUCCAGCAUGGCAGCCGAUGCUUUCUGCUGGUAUCAUCAUCCCAGGAUUUGUCCUCAUUGGGCUGGCAUUUAUUGGCAUCGGCGUGGCUCUCUUUGUCACUUCUCAGAGCAUCCAGGUGUUGGAGUUUGACUACACUGGCGUCGAAGACAGCUCACGCUGCUUCCGUUGCACGGACGAAGAUGUCACGGACUGUAAAUGUGACCAGCCCUUCGAAAUCGACAGUCUAUUUAAGGGACCUGUGUUCUUUUAUUAUGGCUUGACAAACUACUACCAGAACCAGAGGAAAUAUGGUGUAUCCAAAGAUGAUAACCAGCUGACCGGAGACCUGGAUUACUUUAAGGCUCCCAGUGACACCUGUUCUCCCUACGACUACGACAGCAACAACAAACCAAUCGUUCCAUGUGGAGCAGCACCAAACAGCAUGUUCAAUGAUACAUUCAAGCUGUAUCAGAUUGUCAAGGGUGUAAAGAAGCUGGUGCCAUUCGAUGGGAAAGGGAUUGCUUGGUGGUCAGAUUACAACGUCAAGUACAGGAACCCCUCCAUCUCACCUCUGAGGAAUGCAUUUAACGGUACCGUGAAACCCCCGUCUUGGCCUAGGCCUGCUUACGAGUUGGACACCACAGACCCUGCUAACAACGGCUUCAUCAAUCAAGAUUUCCUGGUUUGGAUGAGGAGCGCUGCUCUGCCAGAUUUCAGGAAGCUGUAUCGAAGAAUCGCAGGGGGCGAUUAUCAAGAGGGUCUGCCAGCUGGAAACUACUCCCUUGAAAUUGCCUACAACUAUCCUGUCCUGAGCUUUGAUGGAAGAAAGAAGGUGGUGUUCAGCAACGUGUCCUGGAUGGGGGGAAAGAAUGAGUUCCUUGGCAUUGCGUACCUCGUGAUUGGUUCAUUGUGUAUCCUCAUGUCCAUUGUCAUGCUCAUCGUCUAUGCUAAAUUCAAGUUCCCUGAGGACGAUUGAGUUACUGGUCAUGAACUGUGAAGAGCUUGUCAACCCUACAGCCAUAUUUUCUUUUUUAAUCAGUGGGAUUAUAAGAGCCAUGUACAUUAUAGGUAAGGGCAGUACUUACGAAGUUGAACAGGAGAAACCUGGUUUCAAUUCGGAAGAUUGUUGAUUUUCCUGUUUGACUGCAGAGUAACUGGGCUUGAGGACUUUCUGAUUUGAGUUAUUAUAUGGGUUCAUGUGGUCAUAUGUUAGCACCUUUAUGAAGUUAGGCUCUACGGAGUGCUCAACAAACACAAUACCUUGGAAAGAUAUCUCUUAUUGGAACCACAAAUCUGAGUGAUCAUUCAGUUAGUUUCCUCUCUGUUAUGCCAAGUACAGAGCCAUGCUAGUGAUACUGUUUUUCUGAAGUAAAUAUAAACCCAUACUUCGUUAAUGUUACAAUGAUAAAGGCUGUACUCAGGCUUAUAUCUGGAAGACUUAGCAAUACAUGGAGAUUAAGUGUGCUCUUGUUUAUUCAGUUUGUGCAUUAUAUUAUUUUAAAAUACUCAAUAUAAUGGUGUUUUAUCUUCAGGCUUAUAAGACUUUUUUCUAUAUAUGCUGUCACUACAAUGAAAUGAGCCACCUCUUCAUUUAAGGUUAAUAAGAGAACCAAAGCCAUGAGUGAUGUGAGAUGCCAUUUAAUGCUGGACAAAAAAUGUGUUGCAUAUGUAGCAUAGUUUGGAAACAAUGCUGUAAAUCUUUAAAUAUUUUCUUGUCAAACUCAGGGAUCUGAUGAUGUACAGGUGGGCUUAUUGUAUUUUAUGCACAUUGAACAGGUUGGACUGUUAUAUUUUCUGAGGUUUUAUCUGAUGUUUAUUUAUUGAAUAAAAAAUGUUAAGCCAUAGCUUUA